AUGUCUAAAAUAACGGUCAAGAACCCAAUCGUCGAAAUGGACGGUGAUGAACAAACUAGAAUCAUAUGGCACUUGAUUCGUUCUCAAUUGGUUCUUCCAUAUUUAAACAUUGAUUUGAAAUAUUACGAUUUAUCAAUUGAAUACCGUGAUGAGACUAAUGAUCAAGUCACAAUUGAUUCUGCAGAAGCUACUUUGAAAUAUGGGGUUGCUGUUAAAUGUGCUACAAUUACACCAGAUGAAGCUCGUGUGGAAGAAUUCAAAUUAAAGAAAAUGUGGAAAUCUCCAAAUGGUACAAUUAGAAAUAUCUUGGGUGGUACUGUUUUCAGAGAACCAAUCGUUAUCCCAAGAAUCCCAAGAAUUGUACCACAAUGGGAAAAACCAAUCAUCAUUGGUAGACAUGCUUAUGGUGAUCAAUAUCGUGCGACUGAUAUUAUAGUUCCAUCAGCUGGUGAAUUGAAAUUAGUUUUCACUCCAAAAGAUGGUGGUGAAGUUCAAGAGUAUCCAGUUUUUGAAUUCCCAGGUAAAGGUGUUGGUUUGGCCAUGUAUAAUACUGAUGAAUCAAUUGAAGCUUUUGCUGAAUCAAGUUUCAAGUUAGCGUUGGAACGUCAAUUGAAUCUUUACUCUACCACUAAAAACACCAUCUUAAAGAAAUAUGAUGGUCGUUUCAAAGAUAUUUUUGAAAAUCUAUAUGAUACAAAAUAUAAACCAUUGUUUGAAGCUAAAGGUAUUUGGUUUGAACAUCGUUUAAUUGAUGAUAUGGUUGCUCAAAUGUUGAAAUCUAAAGGUGGUUAUAUCAUUGCCAUGAAAAAUUAUGAUGGUGAUGUUCAAUCAGAUAUUGUUGCUCAAGGUUUUGGUUCAUUAGGUUUAAUGACCUCAGUCUUGAUGACACCUGACGGUAAGGCAUUUGAAGCUGAAGCUGCUCAUGGUACUGUUACAAGACAUUAUAGACAACAUCAACAAGGUAAAGAAACUUCAACCAACUCAAUUGCUUCAAUUUUUGCAUGGAGUCGUGGUAUCAUUCAAAGAGGUAAAUUAGAUGGCACUCCAGAUGUUGUUAAAUUUGGUGAACUAUUAGAGAAGGCUACAUUAGAUACUGUCCAGGUUGACGGUAAAAUGACCAAAGAUUUAGCUUUAGCUACUGGUCAUACAGAAAGAUCUAGUUAUGUCACAACUGAAGAAUUCAUUGAAUUGGUUGCAAAAAGACUAGCCACAGUUUACAAGGAAAAUUUUUGA